GUAAGACGGAGGAAAUAGCGGAAGCGAGCCCGGUCGAUUCUGCCAUACAGCAAGUGGUUGGCAGCGGCGGGCAGCGCGUCAUCGCCAUUGUGACGGACGGAGCUCCCCUGGGCGGCCUGCAAACCGCCCUCCCCGCCAGCGGCCUCGGCCAGCCCUUCCUCCUCACCGUGCAGGACGGGCAGCAAGUUUUCACGGUACCUGCUGGUCAGGUUGCAGAAGAGACCCUUAUCCAAGGCGGAGGUGACGCAGGAGAGGAAGAAACGCCGCUGGCCAAGAAGCAAAAAGUGGAACAAAACGCAGACGACUCAAAGAAAGACAAGGACGGUGACGACAGGGAGGUGCUCCAACAGCAGCUGCAGGAGGCGAACCGGCAGGCUCAGGAAUAUCGCAGCCAGCUCCUCAAGAAGGAGCAGGAGGCGGAGGAGUACCGCCUGAAGCUGGCGGCCAUGGCGAGGCCGCACUCAGGUGACGUCACGGAACCCGUGCUGAGCGUGCUGGAGACGGAUCCGCCGCCCGGUAUCGCUGUGGAGACUGUAACCUCCUAA